UGGGCUUUGCGGCCGAUCCGGCGGCCGGGUCUCGGGGCCCUGGGCUGCGGCAGCCGACUCAGGUGGGCGACUGCAGGUGUUUCCAGAAGUUCGCAAGGAUUUUGCGUAGCGCUUCUCUGGAGGCGGUUUUUCUUGGUGUCCAUAUUGAAUAAAGGCUGGCAGCUCCGCUUUGGGGUCGGCGGCGUUUUACAGUACUUUAAGAUCGAUAUUCAAGACAUGGUUUUCACCCUACUUCAACACACAUAAGUUUUCUCUUCUUUUUGGACCCAUAUUUUGUGCCACAAUGCAACAAGCUUUAGAACUAGCUUUGGAUCGUGCAGAGUAUGUCAUUGAAAGUGCCCGACAGAGACCUCCUAAAAGGAAAUACCUAUCAAGUGGAAGAAAAUCUGUAUUUCAAAAACUGUAUGACUUGUAUAUUGAAGAAUGUGAAAAAGAGCCUGAAGUUAAGCAGAAAUUAAGAAGAAAUGUGAACUUGUUAGAGAAACUUGUUAUGCAAGAGACUUUGUCAUGCUUAGUGGUCAAUCUAUACCCAGGAAAUGAGGGAUAUUCUCUGAUGCUCAGGGGAAAAAAUGGAUCAGAUUCUGAGACCAUCCGACUGCCUUAUGAGGAAGGGGAAUUGCUUGAAUACUUGGAUGCAGAAGAAUUACCUCCUAUUUUGGUUGAUCUCCUAGAAAAAUCUCAGGUUAAUAUUUUUCAUUGCGGAUGUGUCAUCGCAGAAAUACGUGACUACAGGCAGUCCAGUAAUAUGAAAUCUCCUGGUUACCAAAGUAGGCACAUUCUUUUACGUCCAACGAUGCAGACUUUAAUCUGUGAUGUACAUUCAAUAACAAGUGAUAACCAUAAAUGGACCCAGGAAGACAAACUAUUACUUGAGAGCCAACUGAUCCUAGCUACAGCUGAACCACUGUGUCUUGAUCCCUCUAUAGCAGUAACCUGCACUGCAAACAGACUUCUCUAUAACAAGCAAAAGAUGAACACUCGCCCGAUGAAACGAUGUUUCAAGAGAUAUUCCAGGUCCUCUCUGAAUCGGCAGCAGGAUUUGUCUCAUUGUCCACCUCCUCCUCAGCUGAAAUUACUUGAUUUCUUGCAAAAAAGAAAGGAAAGAAAAGCAGGUCAGCAUUAUGACCUCAAAAUUUCUAAAGCCGGAAAUUGUGUAGAUAUGUGGAAACGGAGUCCAUGUAAUUUGGCCAUACCUUCUGAAGUGGAUGUGGAGAAAUACGCUAAAGUGGAGAAAUCUAUCAAAUCCGAUGACUCACAGCCAGCAGUCUGGCCAGCUCACGAUGUAAAAGAUGAUUAUGUAUUUGAAUGUGAAGCUGGUACUCAGUAUCAGAAAACAAAGCUGACUAUCUUGCAAUCACUUGGUGAUCCACUUUACUAUGGUAAAAUACAGCCAUGUAAAGCAGAAGAGGAAAAUGACAACCAGAUGUCUCCAUCACACUUCUCCACAGAUGAUCAUUCAAAUUGGUUCGUUAUUGGAUCAAAGACUGAUGCUGAGAGGGUAGUCAAUCAGUACCAGGAAUUGGUCCAGAAUGAAGCUAAAUGUCCAGUCAAGAUGUCACACAGCUCCAGUGGCUCAGCCAGUCUGAGUCAGCUUUCUCCAGGGAAAGAAGCUGAACAGCCUGAGACUGUGUCGGUUCAGUCUUCAGUAUUGGGGAAGGGAGUAAAACAUCGACCGCCACCCAUCAAACUUCCCUCAAGCUCAGGAAAUAGUUCCUCAGGAUCUGGAACUCCUAAGCCAUCUACUCCUACACCAACCCCUUCAUCGACCCCACACCCUCCUGAUGCUCAGAGCUCAACUCCUAGUACCCCUUCAGCCACCCCUACUCCCCAAGAUUCAGGCUUCACCCCUCAGCCCACUUUGUUAACUCAGUUUGCUCAGCAGCAAAGGUCUCUGAGCCAGGCAAUGCCUGUAACGACCAUUCCUCUUUCCACCAUGGUAACAUCUAUAACUACAGGAAACACGGCCACCCAGGUCAUGGCAAACUCUACUGGACUAAACUUCAUCAAUGUAGUGGGCUCUGUUUGUGGGGCCCAGGCUUUGAUGAGUGGUUCAAACCCCAUGCUGAGCUGUAACACUGGUGCCAUAACUCCUGCAGGAAUAAACCUGAGUAGCCUUCUUCCCUCAGGAGGUCUGUUACCAAAUGCAUUGCCUAGUGCAAUGCCAGCAGCUUCUCAAGCAGGUGUUCCAUUUGGUUUAAAAAAUACUUCCAGUCUCAGGCCUUUAAAUCUACUCCAGCUUCCAGGUGGUUCGCUCAUUUUUAACACCCUGCAGCAGCAGCAGCAGCAGCUCUCUCAGUUUACACCACAGCAACCUCAGCAGCCCACAACUUCAAGUCCUCAACAGCCAGGGGAGCAGGGUUCUGAACAAGGUUCAACCAGUCAAGAACAGGCCUUAUCUGCACAGCAAGCUGCUGUUAUUAACCUUACAGGAGUCGGAAGUUUUAUGCAGUCACAGGCAGCUGUGUUGUCUCAGCUUGGCUCUGCCGAGAACAGACCUGAGCAAAGCCUUCCUCAGCAGAGAUUCCAGCUCUCCUCUGCCUUUCAACAGCAGCAGCAACAGAUACAACAGUUGCGAUUCUUGCAGCAUCAAAUGGCUAUGGCAGCAGCAGCAGCACAAACAGCUCAGCUACAUCGUCAUCAGCAUACAGGCAGCCAGUCAAAAAGUAAAAUGAAGAGAGGCAUGCCAACAACUCCAAAAUUCUGAGUCUUGCAUUAUUAUUUUUUUCUUUUUUAAAAACACAAGAGCAUUGAAUCAAAUGGAUUGAAUUUCUACAUCAUUUGUUUUUGUUUUUUGUGUGUCAGUAUUUUGCAUUGUUAGAUGUACAAACUUUAUACAGAAGCACAACCCUAUGAUUUUUAAAUAAAAACAGGGAAAUGGUUUCACAGACUAGGGUUGGUUUGCCUAAGUCAUUGAUUUUUAAAAAAAUGGUUUCACUGUACAUAAUAUAUGGAAGUAAGGCAUACUAGAAACAUCUUUCAGAAGAAUGUGGUUUGAUAUUUAUUUAGUAUAAAAGGUUUGUGCACAGUGUAACAAAUAUAGUUUUUACAAAUUGUUUUCAAAAA